AUGACAGCUAUUCUCACCACCGCAAGGCUCGUCUUCAAGGACUCGGUUGCGCGGCAGAAAGCCAUCGAUGCGUUUCACAACAUCAUUGAAUACACGACACCACAUGAGCCACACGUUCUACAAUAUGUGUGCGCAUUACCGGUAAACGAUAGCUUAGGCACCGAGAUAUACAUGAUCGAGGAAUACGCGAAUCAAGAAGCAAGCGACGCGCACUUGGCCGCCAAGCCCGUCCAAGAUCUAAUCCAACUAUUUACAACCGGAGAUAUCCUCGCUCAACCACCGGAAGUCCACAACUCAAAGGUGAUUGUGAAUAAAUCUUCAGGGAUGCCGAUACCAGUCUCAUCAAAUCCCGCUGUCGUCCUUGUGAACAUCCCCUCGAAAUCUGAGCUUUCGACCAAAGACAAAGAGAGGUGGCGCGAAAUGUCAUCUAUUGUGAUGAAGAGCGUAAAAGGCGUAUCCGCAUUCACUGUUGUUGAAGAUCAGGAAGCGAACAGUACGCGGGUCGAAGCUGUGCUGCAGAGUUGGGAUGCCUUUGCCGAAUAUCAAGACUUUUUGAUAGAUGGGCGAAAAGACGGAGCAGUAGUGGUAAAACUUAGACCUAUUGAUGGUUUUGUUGGCCGUGAGAAUGCGAGCAAGCUGUAG